UGGCGGUGCGAGGGCUGCCGCACAGCGAGCGGAGCCGCGGUCCGGACGGCAGCGCGCGCCCCGAGCUCCCCGCCUGCGCCCGCCCGCCAGCCCGAGGCCCCCGAGCCCAGCCGCGGCCCCAGCAGCAGCGCCGAGAGCAGCCCCAGCAGCAGCGCCAUGGCCGGGUGGAACGCCUACAUCGACAACCUCAUGGCGGACGGGACCUGUCAGGACGCGGCCAUCGUGGGCUAUAAGGACUCGCCGUCCGUCUGGGCCGCCGUGCCCGGGAAAGCCUUCGUCAACAUCACGCCAGCUGAGGUCGGUGUCCUGCUUGGCAAAGACCGGUCAAGUUUUUUCGUGACUGGGCUGACACUUGGGGGCCAGAAAUGUUCUGUUAUCCGGGACUCACUGCUGCACGAUGGGGACUUUACCAUGGAUCUUCGUACCAAGAGCACCGGGGGAGCCCCCACUUUCAACAUCACUGUCACCAUGAGUGCCAAGACGCUAGUCCUGCUGAUGGGCAAAGAAGGUGUCCACGGUGGUAUAAUCAACAAGAAAUGCUAUGAAAUGGCCUCCCACCUGCGGCGUUCCCAGUACUGACCUCGUCCGUCCCUUCCCCCCACCACUCCCCACGGCUUUUGCACCCCUCUCCUUCCCAGACACACACAUCCACCAUUUUUAUUUUUUGGGCCAUUACCCGACACCCCUUAUUGCUGCCAAAACCACAUGGGCUGGGGGCUGGGGCUGGAUGGACAGACACCUCCCCCUACCCAAACCCCUCCUGUGUGUGGUUGGAAAAACUUUUUUGUUUUUUGGGUUUUUUUUUUUUUCUGAAUAAAAAAGAUUCUACUAACGA